AAUUCCAUACAAACAUUUGUUCGAUUCCUUUUAACAAUAAUAGGGUUAAAUGGUAAAUGUCUACGCAGAGCGCGUUCGUGUGUUUGUCUCUGUUAUUUAUUUAUUUAUUUUCUGUGAGAAGAAGCUGCUGCUGAGGGGAAGCCGCUGACAUACAACUUCUGACAUCAAUAGCCUAUUUGCAUCAGCAUUUGCAUAUUUGCGUCUAUCAAUCACACUUGCCAGAUGUGAGCGUUGACUCUGGGUAGAGAGACAAAGGGAUUGGAGAGAGCGAUUGCACUUUGAUAUUGUUUUGCAGCUCGACCCUGAAAUAUUAAGAAUAAUUGGAAAAAGGCAAAAGACACAAACAAACUUUGGGGCUCAUAUAAAGUUGUCUUACUGAUCUGGUAAAGAGUUUAUUGCGUUUAUUGAGAAAUAUGGCCGGAGAAAACGGAGUGGCACCCUUGCCUAGACACAGAUUCGGGGAUUUUUUGCUUCGAGAGCAGGCACGGCAAAACGAUGUCAAGGUGCAGGUUGACUUCUUCGUCAAAGAGAAUAGUUUCAAAGAACGCCUGAAGUUUUACUUAAUCCAAAACCAACGAUCCAGUCUCAGUGUGCGAGUGUUUUAUCUUUCCCUCAGUGUGUUAAGCUGCAUUUUGUAUAUAAUCAGAGUGCUGACUGACUCAAGUGACGCUGAUCCUGAAUGCUUGGACUGUCCAUACAAUUAUACCCUGUUCGAAAUCAACUGGGCCUCAAUUAUUUGGGUUGACCGAAAGCCCGCACUUUGGGGUGCACAGGUGUCUGUUGCAGUCAUAUGUUUAUUCAUAAGAAUCCUGCUGACAUAUCUACGAUACAAGGGAAACAUAAGGCAGCAGGUACUUCAAAUAGCGUUUAUCUUGGAAAUGAUUGACACUGUGCCCUUUGUGACUGGAAUUUUUUAUUAUCCUCUCCGAAACCUCUUCAUUCCUGUGUUUCUGAACUGCUGGCUGGCAAAACGUGCUUUGGAGAACAUGGUUAAUGAUCUUCAUCGUGCUAUUCACCGGACACAGUCAGCCAUGUUCAAUCAGCUCCUCAUCCUCACCUCUACCAUCGUCUGCCUCACUUUCACUUUCAUUUGUGGUGUUGAACACUUGCAGCGUGCUGGAAAAAAACUCACAGUUUUUGACUCUUUCUACUUCUGCAUCGUGACCUUCUCUACAGUGGGAUUUGGAGAUGUCGUUCCUGAUGUCUGGCCCUCCAAGUUGCUGGUUGUUAUUAUGAUAUUUGUGGCUUUAGUAGUCCUGCCUAUACAGUUUGAGGAGCUGGCCUACUUGUGGAUGGAGCGGCAGAAGUCAGGAGGAGAUUACAGCAAGCAAAGAGCAGAAACCGAGAGACACGUGGUACUGUGUGUCAGUUCAACCAAAAUCGACCUGCUGAUGGAUUUCCUAAAUGAGUUUUAUGCUCACCCCAUACUUCAGGAAUACUUUGUCAUCAUCCUUUGCCCAGUAGAGCAGGACGCGGCGGUGAGACGGGUGCUGCGGUUCCCAAUGUGGACACACAGAGUCAUAUAUAUGCAGGGCUCUGCCCUUAAAGAUCAAGAUCUGGUCAGAGCAAAGCUGGAUAAUGCUGAGGCUUGUUUUAUUCUGACCUGCCGCUGUGAGGCUGACCGCAAUGCAGCAGAUCACCAGACCAUCCUGAGGGCUUGGGCAGUGAAGGACUUUGCUCCAAGUUGCACUCUUUUUGUUCAGAUUCUCAAACCAGAAAACAAAUUUCAUGUGAAAUUUGCAGAUCAUAUUGUUUGUGAGGAAGAGUUUAAAUACGCUAUGCUGGCCCUGAACUGCAUCUGUCCUGCCACGUCCACCUUCAUCACCCUGCUGGUGCACACAUCUCAAGGCCUAGAGGGCCAGCAUUCUCCUGAGGACUGGCACAGGAUUUAUGGGAAAUGCUCAGGAAAUGAAGUGUACAGCAUUGUUCUGAAAGAAAGCAUCUUCUUUUCUGAGUAUGAGGGAAAGAGCUUCCCUUAUGCCUCCUUUAAUGCAUAUAAUAAGUACGGCAUCUGUCUCAUUGGAGUCUGUCCUGACGACACUAAGAAUAUACUGCUGAACCCUGGUCCUCAGCACAUCAUGAAACCUUUGGACGUGUGCUUCUACAUCAGUCUCUCCAAAGAGGAGAACUCCUGCUUUAAGGUCAAGAAAGGAAACAAGACUCGACCUCCAACCAGCAGCGCUAUUACUAGCAUGGGUACCAUGGCUAUAGACAUGCAGGAAAUAAGCAUUCCGUCCAGUUUAGGUCCAUCAUUCUCAACUGAAUCUAAUAUAUCUGAGACCAAAAAACCAAACAUGGUUCCUGUUCUGGAAUUGCCUGAUUCAUCUUCCUUUCAGACUGGCAACCUGCUCAUCGAUGAGUCAAAGAACCCAUGUCAGCCCUGCACUAGAAGUGAAGGCAGCAAUGGUUACAUUAAGGGAUAUCCUCCAGAUUUACCCUACAUCGGAAGCUCACCGAUACUUUGCCAUUUACGGAAAGAGAAAGCACCCAAAUGUUGUAUGCAGCUAGAAAAGUUUUUGUCCAAGACCUGCAACCACAAAGACAAAGAAGAUGUCAAAGCAUACGGUUUGAGGAAUAAGCUCAUCAUUGUGUCUGCUGAGGCCACAGGAAAUGGCCUGUACAACUUCAUUCUCCCAUUACGAGCCUCUUACAGAUCAGAGAAUGAACUGUGUCCCAUCGUGCUGCUCUUGGAACAUGAUCUGGAUGACCUGUUGCGUUGUGGCGUCUCGUUUGCUGCUAAUAUGGUGGUUGUGGAUAAGGAGAGCACCAUGUCCGCUGAGGAAGACUAUAUGGCUGAUGCAAAAACUAUUGUUAAUGUCCAGACCCUGUUCAGGUUGUUCUCCGGCCUCAACAUCAUCACAGAGUUAACUCAUCCCGCUAACAUGAGAUUCAUGCAGUUCAGUGCAAAGGACUGUCACACACUGGCCUUCUCCAAACUAGAGAAGAAAGAACGAGAGAAAGGCUCAAACCUGUCCUUCAUAUUUCGCCUGCCUUUUGCAGCUGGUAGGGUGUUUAGCAUUGGGAUGCUGGACACACUGCUCUAUCAGUGUUUUGUUAAAGAUUAUAUGAUAACCAUCACCAAACUGCUGCUUGGACUAGAAACCACACCACAAUCUGGUUUCUUAUCUUCUAUGAGUAUCACAGAGGAAGACUUGUGCAUUGAGACGUAUGGCAGACUGUAUGAAAUGCUCUCCUCCACUGUAGGAGACAUUCCCAUCGGCAUCUACAGAACUGAGUCUCAGAUACUUGAACCUCCUGAGACACCACAAUCCGAAAUUUCAGACAAGGUGUCAGUCUUUGAGGAGGGAAAGGACCCGGAGGAGCAACAGCAGGGUCCUAACUGUGAAAUGCCAGACAUCCAGACUCCGUCUCUGCGUCGAAGGAGCAUGCAGUGGGCAUCCAAUCUGCUGGGGCCGUGGCACGCUGAGCGCGAAACAGACAGACUGAGCCAGCAGCGUGGCGUCCUGCUCUCAUUCUCUGAGAGACAGGAGCUCACUGAGCUGGUCAAGAAACGCAUGAAGAACCUGGGCCUCUCCACAAGGGGAUUCGAUGAGCCGAAUAAUAACCAGAGCAGUCACUCAUACGCCUUAAUCAACCCGUCACCAGAUACAAGACUGGAGCUUAAUGAUAUUGUGUACAUAAUCCGUAAAGAUCCUGUCUCAUUAAAUCUGAACAAUACUGACAACAUCAACAACAGCAUGAGGAGCGAUUCACAAAUAAGAGAGAGGAACACAAAGAAUCAUCUCUGAAUGGAGAUCAUACUCACAACAGCUGUUUAUCUUCACUGUGACACAAGUAAUGCUUCUUCAGCAUUAGGUUAAGCUCUGAAAGCCAUUAAUGUAUUACCUAUACACAGCUCAGUUUAAUGCAUGUAAAACCUUUGCUUUAUCAUACUGUAUUUAUUCCUGCCUGCAUGCUCCUGUCCUGCCUUAUGCUCAGACUGACACACAGAGGUCAAAGGUCACAGACAGUGAUCCAGUUAAAGUUCUCUGUUUCUGGCUGGAACUCACAUUAGGCAACUGCUGGAUUCCUGUCAGACCCAACUGCAGUAAUGCAUGGAUCUACAUUUCUCACAUUCCACUACAUUUAUAUACAUAGUGCCAGUGUAACCCACCUAAAAAGACCACAAAAAUAUCUACAAUAAAGAAUAUUGAAAACACUGGAUAUUAACAAUUACUAAAUUAAAGUAAUAU